UUCCACUACGAUUUAAUUGGGAUUCGGAGGUAAGUGGAAACAAUAGUUAGAAAGGCGCCACAACCUGACCCCUGAGAGAGCUACGAUACGAGCGACAGGGGAAAAAAGGUGGGUCGCGUCCUGUCAACGCAACCGAGCAAUUCUUCCCCCUCUCUUCGUUUUUUCCUCCCCCAGCUUAUAGCGAAAUCAUUCAACUCUACUUCUACUAACUGCUACCUCCUUCCUCGAAACAAUGAAUGAUCCAGAACUAGAAGCAAUCAGGCAGAGAAGAAUGCAGGAACUCAUGGCCCAGCGUGGCAUGGGGAGCCAAAAUAAUCCUGAACAACAGAAGGCCCAGGAAGAAGCUAGGAGUGAAGCAGAGGAACGUAGGCAAAUGAUGCUGAGUCAGAUUCUGUCAAUGCAAGCCAGAGAAAGACUUUCUCGAAUUGCAUUGGUUAAACCUGAGAAGGCACGAGGUGUCGAAGAUGUUAUACUGAGAGCUGCACAGAUGGGGCAAAUUGUAGAGAAGGUCUCUGAAGAGAGGCUUAUUACAUUGCUAGAACAAAUCAACAAUCAGACCACAAAACAGACGAAAGUCACUAUACAAAGGCGUCGAAGCGUUCUAGAGGAUGACGAUUAGCAAGUGAGAUGAAUUGCAUACCUUAUAUGAUAUAAUGCAUAUACCAGCAGUCUUGGUUGUAUGUUUAUUGCUCGCGUGAUACAGUAUCUACCUUUUUAUCUAUUACUCUGCUGCGUUAUUUUAUGGGGAUAUUCUCACGUCAGAAUGCUAGAGCUCCUCGGAGUUAGCUGUUAUUACUCCAUUGUUGCGGCUAUAUUUGCCAAACUAUUAAGUACCAACCUUGAAAUAUUAUUUUACUUUCUAAUUUGUGAUUGUUAAAGUGGAAUUGAUUUUCUUUCAAUUCUGAGUGUGAGUGUUUUAAUCUA